GCACAACCCCAGCGUCUCCUCAACAACCCGACUAGCUAUGAGAAGGAUCUCAAAGAUGUCUGGUGUCGUUGGAGAUAUGUAUCCGUCAUCAAAUGGCACCAUUCGUAUCAGGAACCUUGCUAUCUCGAUCCCCUGGCCCGAGCCCCCUAGCGAGGUUCUUCAUCCUUGGACCCUGACUCGAUGAUCAGGCAACCAGACGCCCAUGACUUCCCGUUGGCGGCAGGUAAUCCGAUUCAAGUCAUAUAUAUCAACAAAAGAGAUCUCAAAUGUGUUUGGUUUCGUUGGGAGAUGCAUCCAUCAAAUGACGUGAGUCACUUGUGAGAUCCUUACCAUAGAUGGAUUGCGAAGAGGAUAGUGACAUCAU